UCACUUUAUUGCCGCAUCAUGUUUGACAAGCAAAUUCCAGUAAUAAACAUUUAAAAUAAAAAACGCACUUAAAGCUACAGAAAAGCGGGGGCGCUAUGUUUCUUGAGGCGCUAACAUGAUGCUUCAGCUGCUUAUAUUCUGCCUGGUGCUCUUCAUCCUCCUUUAUUGGGUCUUGCCCACGGUUAUUAGCUGGUAUCUGAUCAAGCGGUUUCGGGUCAAAGUUCGGAUUGGACGUAUCUCGCUGCCAUAUCUGUCCCUGAAGAAUGUGCACAUCAGCAAGAGCGGUUUCUCGGUGCAAAUCGAGGAGGUGUGCCUGCGUAGCAGCUUCUUUACCACCGAGGUGACCAAGCUGCUCUCCAUCUAUAUACGCGACAUUCGCAUCAACAAGGACAUACGCAACUGGCAGGAUGUUGACUCGGACGACGACUUGCUCCAGCCACAGCCCGCCGCCAGGCCUGCGUUCAAGGAGGCCAAGGGUGUGCCGGACUUUCGGCAGACCAAAGUCCCGGCCAGCAUCAUUACCUUUGCCCAGUUCAUGGCCGUCCAUGUGAACAACAUAUCGGUGGUGCUGAUGAAUAAUGACUUUGAUCCCGGCUGGUUCCUGCAUGCCACGGCCAAGGAGCUGCAUUUGGAUGGAAGCAUCGUCCAGAAUGCUCGAGUUCUGCUGGUGAAUGCAGCGCUGAGCGAGGCGCAGGCCAAGAUGCUGAGGCACUGCAGCUCUCGCCGUCAGUCACUGGAGAAUCUUAACAAGAUACGACCUUGCCUGGGCGAGGUUAGCUUCGAUGUAACUCUAGAUGCCUCGCUCUUUGCCCAAGGACCGCUAUCCAUGGAUACCCUUAGUCUGGUCAUCAACAAUGCCAAGUCCGUCAUUCAUGGCGGUCUGUACGAGUUCCUCAGCGAGGCCAAGCGCAGGACGUCUACGACGACGACGAGGCGAACAGCUCAGGCCUUACAGAGGCCAAAGAGCACCUACGACAAUGACAACUACGAGAAGCUGGCGCCGAUUAUACCAAAGAACUUUAAUUUUAGCAUCAAGGCGGCCACUUUUUCCGCCGUCAAGGAGAACUCGCAGAACGACUUCAGUGCCAAGCUGCAGCUGUUUCAUAUCACAGGCAAGUUCAACUCAAAGGUCACCGAUGAGAAGACUUUACUGCCUUCCAUGCUGGCCAAGUUGGUGUUCCAGCAUUUGGACAUAGACACCAAGUACGAGAAGCUGCUAUUUGUGGAGCAAUUCACCAUAGAUUCGGUGCUAGAGAAGGACAUCUUCAAUUUAUAUGUGAAGCUCAAGACAUUCCAGAUAAUCUACAAUCACAGCGAGAUCUUUGAUUUUGUCAACAACAAUUUCCUGGCCCGUCAGCGCUCUAGCGAUCGAUCACAGCAGCUGCCUCUGCAGCUGAUGCACAAGCAGAAAUCUCUGCCAGAUCACCUGGUCUCCGAGGAACCUGCCUCCGGCCUCCAGGCCAAGAACCGACGCGAGGGUGGCAUCCUCGAGUGGAUCAUGCAACGCAUUGUGGUCAAGGGCUGUGCGGAGUUGUUUAAUGUCUCGCUUUUGAUGCAGCUGGAGGACGAGAACAUAGCCAUGAGUGUCAGUCACACGCGAUUUCUGCUAGAACAGAUUGAGGAGAAGCGGAGCUCGCGGUACGACAACAAGUUUUUGAAUCUCCUGCUAAAUCAGCGUCAGUGGAGCAUGGAACUGAUGGUGGAGACGCUGUGGUCCAACCUGGGCAACUCCAUCAAUGAUACUAAUAACCUUAAGAAGACCCACUCGCCCGGGUCGCCUUUCUUUUUGGGCGUGAGUCUGGUCAAGCUGUGCUCGUAUGCCAACACCACGAAGCUGGACAUUUCCGUGCACACAUUUCGCACGGAGUACAGCAUGCAGCUGGCGGAGUUUGUGGUCAAGUCAAUGGAGUGCCUAAGGCAGUAUCGAGGCUUAGAGCCGAAGAAGACAAGCUUGGGAAGAUCCAAGAUGAGCUCCAUUCAGAACUUAAACGAUCAACCUUCGUCGUCGUCCUCCUCCUCAUCCUCAUCUACCUCCCUGCGCGUGUCCUUGAAGAUCAAGGAUAUAACAGCCUACUUUGUAAACCAUCACAAUGCCUACAUGCUGCUCAGCUUCUCCGAGCUGUACUUGUCGCGUGCCCAGCAUGUGGCCACUCUGAAGCUGGAGGAGUUCCAAAUGGCCAUCAUGCGUUCGAUGAAGGCUUCCUCUUUGUGCCUCACCGACUUUGCGGAUGUGUUUGCCACCUGCAAAACCAUACGCUUGGAGCACGAACAGGUGGAGGGCACCCUGGGCAAGCUGUCCAUUUAUAUACCCUGCAACACAGAUGCCACCUGGAACUCCAACCUGCACAUGCAUCUGCUCACCCUGGUAAGGGACAUGCUAGAUCUGAAAACCGAGCUAGCUUUGCCCGCUUCCCCGGCCAAGAAGGGUGCUCCUCGUGGAGGAUUAGUGGUGGAAUUAUCAGCAGAACGUAGCACCAUUUUCGAGAUAAAGCUUUCCGAUCGCCACUCGGUCCAGAUCUUUGUGGAGAGCCUCUUCUUCAGCCACAAAGAACGGAACAUGAUCUAUGCGGAGCAUGUCUUUGUCAAGAUCGAUGACCAGCACAUUUUUACGGUCAAGGAGCUGGAUAUGCAGUCUGUGCCGCGAUUGGAGGUGCUCACCCAGGAGCGUGUCAACUUUCCCGGCUUUCAGCUGCCCUCCAACCGAGUGUGGGUCACCACAAUCGGCUCCUUUAAGGCCAUAUUUCCGUAUGACCAUGACUUUUACAAUGCCAUCAACAGCGAGUGCGUCUCCCACUUCAAGUGGCUCAAGUUGGUGCACAACUACAAGAAGAAACCCUUCACGGUGGACUCUCCGCUGCCCUGUGACUUGGUCAUCAAGAUCAAGGAGUUCCUGCUGGAGAUCAGCGAUGAUCCCUUCGAAGUGAAGCUGCGGGACAACUAUGUCUUGCUGGUCGAUGAGUAUCUGGAGAGUCUGAAGCGCAAGGCUUUGUUCGAUAAAAAGAUCGCCGAGCUGUGUGCGGAGCGUCUUUUGCUGCCCGCUGGCACCAUCGAGAGUUUGUAUGCGAAUCUGGUGAAGAAGAACUCGGAAAUCUACAUACAACGCUCGAAGAAAAUCAGGGAAAGUGGUCCCGUACGCACCAGGCUACUGGCUUGGAUCAUGACCGAUGUGGAGAUCAUGGCCAUGGCUGACACCUCCAUACAUGGCUAUGAUAAUGUGACGCGUAUGAUGCGGGAGAUUGAUCACGAGAGCCCCUGGCCAGAGGAGGGUCUGGAGUUCACCACGCUCUGGUGUCGCGGCGUCAACAUUAGCUGCUCUGAGUGGAAAUUUAUGCUGAGGGACUUUCCCCAGCCCAUGUUCUAUGUGAAAAGCAUGCGUCUCUAUGGCAACCUCUGUGGCGCCGAGCAGAUGGGCUCCAAGCGGGCCAAGCGCGAUGUCUUCAUCGAAGUGGGCGAACCCUUUGGCACUGAUGUCAUCCAGCGCAGCAUGCCCUCCUUGAAGUUCUACCACGACUUUGACUGCGAACUGGAGAGCUGCAGCUAUGCCUUUGGAGCCUGCUGGGAGCCCGUGAUGGCCCAGUGCAAUCUGAGCUUUGAGAAGAUUUCGGCCCCGUCCAAGGAUCCCUCGCCUCCUUUGCCAUUUUGGGACAAGCUGCGCCUGCUUCUGCAUGGAAGGCUGACCCUGAUAGCCAAGCAGUUUACCAUACUGCUCCAUGCCUCCCUGGAUCCUUACAAUACCACGGAGGAGAUGGAGCUGACUUGGAACAACUGUGGGAUUGUGCUGACGAAUGCCAAGAUCAUGUUCAAGGGAGAACUAAAUGUCACUGUACGCACGGCUUCCCGCUAUGACGAUUGUCGUUUGCUGCACUUUCCCAACCUGAAGCUAACCGUAAAGCUCAACUGGGUGUGCCUCGCCAAUCCCAAUGAUCAUCAUGCUGUCAUGCCCUGUGCCCCCAACAAGCUGCCCGAGUACUCCAGCAACCAAGUGCACGACUCCUUCCGGGCCUUCCGCUCUUUGAAUCUGAACAUUUGGAUAUCGUUUGAGACCAAGCCCAAGGCGGGUGAGGACCUGGAAGUGGAUAUACCCAGCCUCGUGUUGUAUGGCAGCACCUUGCGUUGGUUCGAGAGCCUGCAGCUGAUACUUUCGGGCGUGACAAGACCCACUCGCCGUGGUCCUGUCUUUAAUAAUGUGCGUCCCAGGAAGAAGCCCCUGAGCAGGCACUAUAAGAAGGCCAAUCUGCAGAUGUGCCUGCACAAGUUCCAAGUGCUCUAUUGGAUGUCCCAUGCCCUGCAGAAGGGUUUCCAGUUGAACGGUCGUCGUGUGUCCUUCAGCUCCGAGCACUCGCUGUCCCUCAAUCCCAUAGAAGAUGGUCUUAUACAUCGUCCGAAGGCUGACUGGUCUACGAUUUACAUGAAUUGUGAGCUCAACGAUGCCGAGAUCUGGCUGAAGAGCAUUGUAACCGAGAAGCUGGACAGCAGCUCUGAGAACCUGGCUGCCAGUGCCGCCUCGGAUGCUUUUAAGAUUGUGCGCUUUUAUUUUCUUAGCGUGGCCAAGGUGUCCUAUGGUCGAGAGGCUCUAAUACCCGCAGCGGCAGCCACCACAGAGGAGGAAGUUAAGGCCAAGUCCACCACUCCCACGCAUAAGCUGGUGGUGUACGACCUAAAAGGCGCCUGGACCAAGAGCAAUAGGGAUGUUGCCUUCGCCUUAUUCGAUUCCUUCAUGAAAUCCCAGAAGCUGAAGAACAACCUCUCCACGGAGGCGGUGAAGAGCUAUCGCAAGGAGGGUGCAGGCAACUCGGCUGUGCUCAAGCACAAGCGUAGCGAUAGCACCAUUACACUGUCCAGUUCCAGCAACGAGGGCUUGCCCAGUGGCUCGCUGAAGAAAGCACCCGCCCAGAUCCAUGCCACCGCCAUGCUGCAGCAGCUCAUUGCCGAGGCGGAUCACAAGUUUAAUGUGUAUAGCGAUGAUCAUAGCACUCAGUCGAGGGAGCUGCAGCUUCAGGGAUUGCAGGCCUGCUCUGCCCAGGAUAUUAUCCACGAAAACUGGUCCAUAAGCUUGGUCAACUCCCAGGUCCUGCUCAAGGGCUGUGAGACAUCCGGUUAUGUGAUUAUCAGUGCCGCCAAGGCGGAGAUAUUGCAGCGAGAACAUCGCCCUGUGUGGCGGGAGCGCUCCCUCAUCUCGAAGACCACCUGGAAGGGUUUGCUGGAGUGCAUGCAGUACUACGCCACGGUGAGUGCCGGCGACAACAACUCCCUGCUGGAGAAGGAGAUCAUGUGGCUGACGGUGGACAAUAUCCAAGACAAGGAUGAGACGGUGAUCAAUAACUUGCCGGAGGAUAUCUCCCAUUUGGUGGGCAGUGGACGUAGUGUGGGUGGUGUGGUCUCUGAGACAGUAGGCGCUUUUCUAAGCGAUAAUUCUGGAGAGGCACAGCCUGUUCAGCUGCAGCGCAUCGUGUCCAAGUGCAAGUGCGAGUUCUUUUACGUGAGCUACGGCGAUGCCAUAGAUCCGAAUAAUAUCACAGAGGUGCCGCCGCCUCCCUCCGAGGAGCUGCUGUCGCCUUGGGAGAAGCAGGAUGAUCCCGUGGAUGCCUUCACCCUGAUGCAUCAUGACCUGGAUGUCUGUACCAACUCCCUGCAGUAUGCCAUGAUUCUGGACAUUGUAAACAACCUCCUGCUGUACGUGGAGCCGCAGCGCAAGCAGGCGGCGGAGAAGCUCACCCGGAUGCGUUUCCAGCUGCAGCUGCACUCCACGGAGGACCAGAAGCGGCCCAUCCAGCAGAAGCAGACCGUGAUUCGCAGUUUGCUAAUGAAAAUCCGUUCCCUGGAGAAGGACAUACAUAUGAUCAGCAAAGAGCGGGUGGAGGAGGGUGACACUCUGGAGCUGCGCGUGGAGUACGACCAUGUCCAGCAGAUGAUCCGCGAGAGCAAGGAGGAGCUCAACACCUACAGCGAGGACCUGGACAUGAUGCUGCUGUGCUACAAGGAGACACAGCUGUCGCAGCUUAGCAAAAUCCUAAACGUGCGCUCCGAUGAAUCUGUGACCAUGGUGCGAACCAACGAGAUCUGCUUCAAGCGCGCCCAGUGGCGGCUAACGGAGACGGAUGGACAGAUUGGCAUAGCCGAUCUUGUCCUGAGCGCCUUUUUGUACACCAAAAAGUCCAAGAGCGAUGAUUCCGUGGAGCAUCUGCUGGAACUGGGUAACAUACGCAUGGAGAAUCUUUUGCCCCGUGAAAUCUAUCGCGAUGUCCUGCUGGCCACCGAGAUACAGAAGGACAUGCCCGUGGACACGCACAAGCGGGUGCUGCGCAUCUUCUGUAGGGAAAAGGCGCCGGUGGGGGGAAUAUCGGUAAAGGAACACUUUGAGAUCAAUGUGGCCCCCAUAACCAUAGCCAUCACCAAGAAGUUCUACAGCACCAUGCUCAAGUUCUGCUUCCCGGACCGCGAUGCCUCCGAAACGGAGGUCAGCGACGAGCUGGACGACAAUGCCUCCACCAGUUCGGCAUCCACAACGAAUUUACAGGCUGUCAAGCCUUCGUCUUCGUCCUCUACAUCAUCCUCGUCCUCGACUAAACGCUCUGGCAAGUCCAAAAAGGGCGCCAAGGACUCGGAGUUCUAUGUAAAAAUCGAAAAGGACGAUGUGGAGAAGAUGAAGGAGCGCGCCGAGAAGAACAAGCUCUUCAUUUACAUCAAAAUACCCGAGGUGCCGGUGCGCGUCAGCUACAAGGGCAACAAGGAGAAGAACCUGGAGGAUAUCACCGACUACUCCCUAGUCAUCCCAACGUUGGAGUAUCACAAUGUUACCUGGACCUGGCUGGAUCUAUUGCUGGCCAUGAAGUCGGUGAGCCGUCGGGUGAUAUUCUCGCAGGCCAUCAAGCAGAAGCUACAUAUCCAUCAGCGACAGCCCAUCCUCUCAGCGGGGGAACGAGCCACGCCCCAGGAGGCAGAGGACAAGGCGGUGAUGCUGUUUGGCAAUCGGUUGCUGAACGAAAACAAAAACCAGAAAAAGGGUGGAGUCUUCAAGUUCUCCUCCAGCGGCAAGUGAAGGAAUCCCCAGGAAAGCCAAUAAAUAAAAGGAUAUUUAACAAAGUCUCUUUGCUUUAUCUAUGUAUAUUUAUUAUUAUUAUUGUGUACGUUCAAAGGAUGUACGAAAAUACAAUGUGCUACGUGCUGUGCUGACCAGGACUCUUGGCAGGACUUGACUGCUUAACAGGAAUGUCGAGUCGCCCGCUUAACAAAUACGUUUCACACACACUUAAAUCACACUCAAGUAUUAAGCUACUGCAACUCUCUAAAUAUAAUAUAUAUAAUAUA